GGUACUUGUAUCCAUGGAUGUAAGCAAGCUGGAGCUUCCGCCGGGGUAGUUUCCCCCACAUCAGGUCAUGUUGUGUUUCUUAAUGUUGGAGUCGUGAUUUCUUGCAACUUCUCCUUUCUACAUAUCCCAUUCUCAUUGUUUUUUCCCUUCUUUUUCUCUGUCUCUUUUUCACCAUUGAAAGCACCGUCCUUCAUAAUUGCGACGGCGUUUGGACGAUUCUAUACCAAUACUUGGAAUUCGGUACUUCACAUAUAUUGAACACGUGUCAUAGGACUCUUUGAGUAGCUUCAUCAUCUGCUGUUCUAUCAAGAUCCCUCGGCUACUCGUUACCUAUAAUAGGAAUGAGCAAUAUGGCGAUCAACUUAAGAGCAACGACGAGGGCUCUUGGUGCCCUUAAGCCACGUGCGACCCAGGCAGUGUUCCACCAUACGGCCAGGUCGUAUUCGACAUCGCCCGAGCCAGACUUGAAGGAGACUCUCAAGGAAAUUAUUCCUGCGAAGAGGGAGCUACUAAAAAAGGUCAAGGCACAUGGUUCGAAGGUCAUUGGCGAAGUCAAGGUAGAAAACACUAUCGGUGGCAUGAGAGGAUUAAAGGCUAUGGUCUGGGAAGGUUCGGUGCUGGACGCGAACGAAGGGAUUCGAUUCCACGGCCGAACAAUAAAAGACUGCCAAAAGGAGCUUCCCAAAGGCAGAUCAGGAACAGAGAUGCUCCCAGAAGCCAUGUUCUGGCUCCUUUUAACCGGAAAAGUGCCUUCUGUCAACCAAGUCCGCCAAUUAUCACGCGAGCUUGCGGAGCAGGCUCGGCUUCCUGACUUUGUAAACAAGAUGCUAGACGGGUUUCCAGAAGACCUGCACCCCAUGACCCAAUUCUCCAUCGCCGUCAGCGCUUUGAAUUACACAUCGAAAUUCGCAAGGGCGUACGAAGUUGGCCUAAAUAAAGCCGAUUAUUGGGAGCCCACUUUUGAUGAUGUUAUCAGCCUGCUUGCCAAGCUACCAACCAUCGCAGCCAAGAUAUAUCAGAACUCCUAUCGUAACGGCGGCGCAUUGCCUGGCGACGUUGACCCCGACCAAGAUUGGUCCUACAAUUUCGCAUCCAUGUUAGGGAAGGGCGGCAAAGAAAAUGAAGACUUUCAAGACUUAUUAAGAUUAUAUCUCGCACUACACGGAGAUCAUGAAGGCGGAAAUGUCUCAGCUCACACCACUCACCUAGUCGGGAGUGCUCUCAGCGACCCGUUCUUAAGCUAUAGCGCUGGUCUCCAAGGUCUAGCCGGUCCCCUUCACGGGCUUGCUGCGCAGGAAGUCCUGCGCUGGAUAAUACAAAUGAAGAAAGAAAUUCCGGAGGAUUACUCCGAGAAAGACGUCCAUGACUAUCUAUGGUCAACGCUCAAUAGCGGCCGAGUAGUUCCCGGCUAUGGACAUGCUGUCCUUCGCAAGCCCGAUCCCCGCUUCGAAGCCUUGAUGGAUUAUGCCGCCGCUCGCCCUGCAAUUGCCAACGACCCUGUAUUCAAGCUUGUCCUAUUGAACAGCCAAAUUGCCCCAGACGUUCUAAUCAAACAUGGGAAGACGAAAAACCCUUACCCCAACGUCGAUUCAAGCAGUGGCGUCUUAUUCCACCACUACGGGUUUCACGAGACUCUUUAUUACACUGCGACUUUUGGCGUUAGCCGAGGACUGGGUCCUCUGGCUCAGCUUAUCUGGGACCGCGCUCUCGGUUUGCCCAUCGAACGACCCAAGAGUAUAAAUUUGGAAGGAAUAUUGAAGCAGGUGGAAGGCUGAACGGAGAUAUGUUGAGCAUUACACUUCUCAGAGUCUCUUUCGUUUCCAAUAACGAGCCCUAGGUUAUAGAUUUCUGAUCUCACUAACGGAAGCAUUGAAAUUAUGGAUACCCUGCGAUCUUUCUUCUGUAGUACAUCUCCAAAUUUCACCCGCGAGGAAGUCGGAAUUGGCAUACCCUAAUUCGCGAGACGACCGAGCGAGGUUGAUGAUAGGAUUAGAAAAGUACUAGGUACCUAGGUAUCUAAUCAAUUUGACACUCAAGCCAUGUUUUUUCAAACCUA